AUGAAUUCUGAAGUCUAAGACAUUAUAGAUUUAUAUUAGUAGAUAGUUUCCAAUUUAGAUUAGGAUCCACAACGCGAUGUCACUAUAGAAUAACUAAAAAAUGAAAGAAAUUAUUGCACAAUAUUUAGAAUCAUGUUUCCAUUUCUAGAGAAGGAAAUUGAUAAUAUUCAAAAAGAAAGAAAUCCAACAGGGGAAAAGUUGUAAGGACUAAUCGAAUUUUUAUCUUAUCCAGUUUUGACAAUGGAUUUGUCACAUAUCAGUGGUCAUUCAAUUGCUUAAGGAGAUUUGAGGCACCUUUAUAACUUUUUAUAAAUCUUGCUUGAACUAUCGAAGCUUUAUAAGGAUUAAGUUUAAAAUCCCGGAUCGAAUUUAUCAAGUUAACAAAAUUCCUAAUUGAACAAUUCAAAUCCACACGAACGAUAAUUUGAUUCCUUUAAUGAUAAUCCUGGGUAUGAGGAAUCAUCUGAAGGGGAUGGUGGAAAUAAGUAAACCUAAUAAAUAAAAAGGAUUAAAUCCUAAAAAGACUUGAAAUAGUCUGGAGAUAAAGAUAAGAAUGCCACAAUUAAGAAUUUACAAUAAAAUAACCAAAAAAAAACUUCAACUAAAGUUCCUAAUUCAAAGGAAAAUCAGUUAAAAGCAAUUAGCAAUAAUUUAUUACCUGUUACACCUAAUUAUAAUAGAGAAUUAUUACACAAGAUCCAAAUUUGCCUGUUAAAUACAAGAAGUAACAAUAAUAAUAGCAGGGUUAAAGGACUUCAUAAACAAAUAAAUCACAAAAAAAUACAAAGCAUCCCUAAGAUGAAGAAUAUUAGUGAUAUAGAUUAUGAUUUCUUGUAAUAACAUGAUGAAGAGGAAAUCAAUCAAUUAGAAGAUGAUGAUCCAAUAAAAGCUAAAUAUUAAAGAGAAUAAUAGAAGGACAAUAUCCGAAAAUUAUUGUAAGAAAAAGAAGGUGAGGAAUAAGGCGAAUAACCAGAAAUUGAUAAUUUCAUAGACUUUUAAAUUUAAGUCAUUAAGGAAUCAUUAGCUAAAAUGAAGAGUUAACCUCCAAGUGAUGAAAAGGAAACUAUUGAAAAAAUCAUUAAAAAUAGAAAUUAAUAUAAAGAAUUUUUAAAAGAUUAUCUUAAGACUUAUCAAUAAAAAUAAAAGAAAUAAGAAUCCUUAUAAAAUAAAUCAAUGCGAAGUUAAAAAUAACUCACUAAAAUGAAUCAAAAAAAGAAAGAUGAUUUAAAAAAAGAAUUUGAAAAUGAACAUUUGUCAAUGUAUUAUAAAUUAAGAGAUGAAAAAUUAAAUUAUUUAAGAAAAAUUCAUCGAAUCAUCUUUGAAUUAGAAAAAAGAAAGAUUAUUGAUGAGAAGAAGGAUCAUCUAUAAGUGAGAAGAUAAUAAAAUAUAAUUACUAGAAAUGCACUAGCAUCUGUGGAGAAUGCCUAUAAUGAUAAGAUUUCUAUGCUAAAAGAAAAACUAUAAAAUGAGCGAAAGGAAAGACAUGUUGCAGGAGUCGCAUAGAAAUAGGUAAAUUAAUUUUUGAUGAUUUUUAAGAUUCUAUCUAAAUUAGAGAAGGAGUUAAGAGAUGAGAAGAUUAAAUAAAUUUAAGAGUUGAAAGAUAUUUGGAGAUAGGAAAAAGAAAGAUUCGAUUAUUUAAUGAAAGAUGAUGGGGAAUUAGAAAAGAGAAUUCUUUAAAUUUACAAAAAAUAUUGA